GCUGAAUAUAGGAACCCACAUUUCGUGUGUGUCAGGAUUUUGCUGUAUUUUUUAUUUAAAAAUGAAUUAUUAAUUCUCAAUUAAUAAAUUAUUAUUAAAUAAAAAACAGUUAAAAACCGAAAAAAUUCGAUACAUACAACAACUACCGUAACCAACCGACAGGAAACUAUUGAACCAUGGAUCAGGAAAACUAUCAUGGGCUGCAACAGUCGCAUUUGCAACAUCAGCAACUACAGCAGCAUCAGCCACAACAGCUGCACCAUAACCAGCAUCAAAUGCCACAACCACAGCAUCAUCAGCCCGUACCGAUGCAGUUGCAGGCCGGUUUUGCACCACGUCGUCAAUAUGAGAAUUUGACCUGCACGGCAGCAGCCAUGGCUGCUGUUAAUAUGGCAAAUGGCGGUAGUUCCGCUUCGGAGUCUGGCAAAACAGGAAUGCUACAAAGGGCGGGCAAAGGAAAGAGGGAGAAGAUCUUGCCCAUGCAGAUGCCACAUCAGAUGGCAGAUAUAAACACGGCCAGCUCAAGCCAUGUGCCGGUUGAAGAGUCUUUGAAACUGGUAGGCGAGGCGGACACCAGUGGGCUGGCCACAAAGACACCCGUCUCAAUACUUCAGGAACUCUUGAGUCGUCGCGGCAUCACCCCGGGCUAUGAGCUGGUACAAAUCGAGGGCGCCAUACAUGAGCCAACUUUUCGUUUUCGCGUCUCCUUUAAGGACAAAGAUACUCCAUUUACCGCCAUGGGUGCUGGCCGAUCCAAAAAGGAAGCCAAACACGCAGCCGCACGCGCCUUGAUUGACAAGUUGAUUGGUGUCCAGUUGCCCGAGAUGCAGGGCACCGCCACUGCAGCAUCUGUGGCUGGCAGCUCAAGCGCAGGCAGUGGUGGCGAUGGCAGUGCCAAUAUGCAGAGUAGUGGCGAUGACAAAAUUGUUGGCAAUCCUAUUGGCUGGCUGCAGGAGAUGUGCAUGCAACGCCGCUGGCCUCCACCAUCCUAUGAGACGGAAACCGAAGUCGGUUUACCACACGAGCGCCUCUUCACCAUUGCGUGCACCAUUGUUAAUAAUAGGGAGGUUGGAAAAGGAAAAAGCAAGAAGAUUGCUAAGCGUUUGGCGGCCCACAAGAUGUGGACUCGUCUUCAAGAGACACCCAUAGAUGCGGCCAAAAUCAACGAUUCCAUUUGUACAGAAUUGGAAGGCGAUGCCCGCAUUAACGAUAUUUACUAUGGUGAUUUGAAAGAUAUCACUGUGCCGACUCUGACCACGCAGCACAGUAAUAAAGUCUCACAAUUCCAUAAGGCAUUGAAAAAUGCUACGGGCAAAAAACUUCUAAAGCUACAGAAGACGUGCCUCAGAAGCCCGAAGAUUGAUUUUAUCAAACUGCUGAGCGAGAUCGCAGUGGAGAAUCAGUUCGAAGUCACAUAUGUGGACAUUGAGGAGAAGACCUACACCGGCCAGUAUCAAUGCUUGGUGCAGCUCUCCACAUUGCCCGUGGGAGUGUGCCAUGGCACUGGAGCAACCACAGCGGACGCUCAGCGGCAUGCGGCACAGAGCGCUUUAGAGUAUCUAAAGAUCAUGACCAAGAAGUAGCUCCAAACUAAAUAGCAAAAUCUGAACGCACACGAUGAAGAUGGUCCUAAUUGAAUAAUAACUAAAAAUACAAUCACAAACCACAAUAACAACCACAAUCUCAAUUGAAAUAUCAGCUGGAAUGAACGAAGUUGUUCCGUCAGAAGGAGCACUCCAGAAUUAAAGUCAUGCAUAUAUAUUUUUUUAUAAUUAUUUUUUAAUUUUAAAUGAUAAAGAACUCAUCACUAGACAUGACCUGUACAUGUCAUAUCGGUUUGUUUUGUGCUACCAUAAAAGUAUUUAUCCGACAAUUAAUUUAAACUUAAAGAGACAACAGAAAAGAGUAUGGGAAUUAAGAAGUCAAAUUUUAAAUUCAAAUUAUUAUUUCUUUAUAAUGUAAAACUAGUAUAUGUAUGUACACGACAAGAAAACUGUACACUCGGCAAAAGUCACUAUGUAUAAGUAUUAUUGAAUGAGAAAUUUAUUGAAUAAAAAAUUAAAAAUUCGGAA